GCACAAAAACGACGAGUAUAAGCACUGCCUCCAAGUGAACGCGUAAUUUCAACGUCGAUCGAUUAAUAUUCACUCGAACUAUAUAUAGACCCACGACAGAACAGCUGAGACAUGUCGAAAGCGGACAGAUCGUGGAUCAAUUGGUUCGUUAACCUGCCGUCGAAUGAGUUUCUGUGCCGCGUGCCCUCCGAGUAUGCGCGCGACAAGUUCAACUUGACGGGAUUGGAGACGAUGGUGGAGAACUUUCAGGACACUCUGGAUGCCAUACUCGACUCGGAGUUCGACAUCGAGUACGGCUUCGACAGGGACGCCGAUGCGGAGACGCAUCCCGAAAUGGCCGAGCAGGUGUACGGCCUGAUCCAUGCACGGUACAUACUGACGCGCCGCGGCAUCAUGGACAUGUACCUCAAGUACAAGCGCGGCGACUUUGGCAUCUGUCCGCGCAUCUUCUGCAACGAGCAGGCGGUGCUGCCGCUGGGCCUGACCGAUCGCAUUGGCGAGUCGCACGUGAAGGUCUAUUGUCCUCGCUGCCAGGACAUCUAUCAGCCGAACGAGCGCUGUGCCCUGCUCGAUGGCGCCAUGUUCGGCUGCAGCUUUCCACACAUGUUCUUCAUGCAGCUGCCGCACCUGCUGCCCCAGCCGCCCAGCGAGAAGUACAUACCACGCAUCUACGGGUUCAAGCUGCAUGAGCUGGCUCUCUUGCCCCCCUCAUCUUCGUCUAGCGCAUUGAAGAGCUCGGAGCAGUUGGAGCUCGACGACUUCGAGCAGUUCGAUGAUCUGCAGCAGAUAGAGGAGGCUAGGGUUCUGGAGGAAAUCAGCUGGCCGAACAAGAAACGUUAUAAUUUCACAAUUGACUAAUUGUCUUAUUAAUAUGUAAUCAAAAUAUUCCAAAUUUUUGUUCGUCAAUAAAAAAGAGGU